GGAUCACGUGACGGGGCGAGGCGGUGGCUGCUGGGCCCCGGCUCCCAAGAUGGCGUCGCUGCUGCAGUCGGAGCGGGUCUCGUACCUGGUGCGCGGCGAAAAGGAGAUCCGCGCGCCGCUCUCCCAGCUCUACUUCUGCCGCUACUGCAGCGAACUCCGCUCCCUGGAGUGCGUCUCCCACGAGGUGGACUCUCACUAUUGUCCCAGUUGCCUAGAAAAUAUGCCAUCAGCUGAAGCUAAGCUGAAGAAGAAUAGGUGUGCUAACUGUUUUGACUGCCCAUGCUGCAUGCACACACUUUCCACCAGGGCGACAAGCAUUCCUGCUCCACUUCCUGAUGACCCAGCCAAGACUACAAUGAAGAAAGCAUAUUACCUGGCCUGUGGAUUUUGCCGCUGGACUUCCAGAGAUGUGGGCAUGGCAGACAAGUCUGUUGCCAGUGGUGGUUGGCAGGAGCCGGAGAAUCCACAUACCCAGAGGAUUAACAAACUGGUUGAGUAUUACCAGCAGCUGGCUCAGAAAGAGAAGAUUGAGCGGGACCGUAAGAAGUUGGUGCGACGCCGAAACUACAUGCCCCUGGCCUUUUCGCAACACACAAUACACGUAGUGGACAAAUACGGCCUUGGAACCAGACUCCAGCGUCAGAGGCCUGGGAUGUCCAUCAGUGCUCUUUCCGGACUCUCCCUGAAAGAAGGGGAGGACCUGAGGGAGAUAAAGAUUGAGCCCGCUGAUGCUGUAGAAGAAGUGGAACCUCUGCCUGAGGAUUAUUACACAAGACCAAUAAAUCUAACAGAGGUGACUACCCUGCACCAACGUCUUCUGCAGCCUGACUUCCAGCCAAUCUGUGCUUCCCAGCUCUACCCACGCCAUAAGCACCUUCUGAUCAAACGCUCGCUGCGCUGUCGGAAAUGUGAACAUAAUCUGAGUAAACCAGAAUUCAAUCCAACAUCCAUCAAAUUCAAAAUCCAACUGGUUGCUGUCAACUACAUCCCUGAGGUGAGGAUCAUGUCCAUUCCCAACCUGCGCUACAUGAAGGAGAGCCAAGUUCUUCUGACUCUGACCAAUCCAGUGGAAAACCUCACCCAUGUCACACUGAUGGAGUGUGAGGAGGGAGACCCCGAUGACAUCAACAGUACUGCUAAGGUGGUGGUUCCUCCCAAGGAGCUAAUCCUAGCCGGCAAAGAUGCCGCAGCAGAAUAUGACGAGUUGGCAGAACCUCAGGAUUUCCAAGAUGACCCUGACAUUGUAGCCUUCAGAAAGGCCAACAAGGUGGGAGUUUUCAUCAAGGUCACUCCACAGAAAGAAGAGGGUGAAGUGACCGUGAGCUUUAAGAUGAAGCAUGAGUUUAAAAAUCUGGCCGCUCCAAUCCGCCCCAGUGAGGAAGGUGAUCAGAGUUCUGAGGUUAUCUGGCUCACCCAUCAUGUGGAGCUCAGCCUUGGCCCACUGCUCCCAUAAUGGCUUCCAACAGCUGGAUCCAUAAAGGUGGCCACGGGAUAGACUCUUUUGCCAUGACAGAAUGCAUCCUGUUGAAAUGGUUUGUGAAACCUCCUUUGUGAUGUGCACACGCACCACAAAUUCCCGCCAAGAAAUGAGGAGGAGGUUGCACGAGUCAGGGGGGAAGGUAACUCUGUUGUCAGAUGAUUUGUUCUGCUCUCUGUAAUGCCUACUAUGUGAAUCUGUGGCUUUCUCACAACACCACAUGCUUGUUUAAGUUACAGCACAAAGAAGGCCAUCUCUAGACCUGUGUUAUCCCUUGCUGAAGUCAAAUUAGCAUUACCAACAAAAAACCCUCAAACCCUUACGUUGGCUUUCCUCUUCUCCAUAUAGUCCCGUGACACCAAUAUUUAAAUACUCAACAAAACAAAUCCUUUCUCUGGUAGAGCCUGCUGUUCAUGAGCAAACACUCCAGGGCUGUGGCCCUGUCUCUUCGGUUACAAUAGCCAUCUGUUGCAGCAGCAUGAUACACUCUUACUUGCUUCCCAUCCCCUAUUAAAAUCUCAUUAAUUUAAAAUUUUCUUUAGCCCAGGCACUCAAAGGCGUAACUUUUUUCUUUUUCCUCCCCUUUAUGAAAAAGAAUGCUUUGCUCUCUACAGCUUGUUUGGGAGGCAGUGGAUCUUAACAAUUUGCUUCUUGUGUUGAAAAAUAGUCUACUGUAGCUCUUGUGGGCUUGGCUUAUAAUUUAUAUCAUUUUAAGCCCUUUUUUUUGUUGGAAAAUGUAGGUUAUUAUGCCUGGUUUUCUAAGAUUUGGGAGGACCAAUAGGUCACUGAAGUGAAAAUGCUGCUGCUUCAGUUUUUAUUGAGGCUAGGACACUACUGAGUGCAAUUUUUGCAUUCAAUAAAUUAUUUUCAGUGAAUGGUGAAAUCAACCAAAGAAUAUGACAGCUCAGAUCAUUUUAAUACACACAAAACCUUUAAGGGUUCAGGAGUGUGCUCAGUGUGUUUACUAGUGACUUGGGGGAGUUGUGGGCUCCUUGAGCAGAAAAAAAUUAAAAGGAAGAAAGGCUUAUGCUAACCCUCCGCACUUCAGAAGCAUAUACCAGGCCAUAACAUAAGUGUAACUUAUGUGCUACCAUAAGGCUUAUUUUGGCCGCAAGUCAGAUCUAAAACCAGUUACAAACAGCAUGUCCAUGACUCUUAUUGUAACAUGCCACCAUUACCACUAACUACAGUACUAUAGUGCAACCAGUGCGGGAUUUCUCUUCCUACAAAGAUUAUUUUUCAGUUGCUCUUAGUUAAAAGCAGUGACUUUUGUGAAACAUCUCCCUGAAUGAGCAGCAAAUGCAGACUACAAAAAUCUUUAUCUUGGGGCUUUGACAUGCAACCUGAAGAUAACCAAGUGGCCUUCAAGCCCUUCCAGAUAUGCUCUGCUUAGUUAAAUAAGGAACAUGUGUACUGUAUAUGACUCUGCUGUUCUGUAGUGUAAGAUGUGUGGCAUCUGGGAAAGGAGAAAAAUGCAUAGUUUUAACUUAGUCAAAUAUUAAUGCAAUGAAUAGACUGGGGCAUCGUGACAUGCAGAAACUGCUACCCUUUUUGUGUCUAGAGGUAGUCCUAUUGAUCUGCAUCCUGUUUGACAGCCUUUGGGAAGGAGCUGCACCUUAUCUGCUAGUUUGUGCCAUGGAUAUCACAGCAGAGAGGGGCUUAAUGUUUACAAAUUUGCAUAGAUGAUACACAGAUGUACAGCAUGAGUUUAAGUGUAGCCAGUAUUUAUUCAUAAAUGUAUAGUGUUAAUAAGUGUCUGCUACUGUCUUAUGUAACCAAAUAACAACACUUAAGCUUUGAGUUUUCUUCAGUAGCCAAAGUAACUGGCAAACUAUCAACACUAUCUAUCAAAAACCAUCUUUUCCAAACUAGUUUUUGGCUGGCUGGCUGAUAUUUUCAAACUGGAUAGUUCACCACUUGUAGCUGAGUUUAGAGCUGGGAUGUUGCUCUAUUGAACUACACAAGAAAGGUUCUUUAGCACCUAGUUAUUGUUUUAAGAAAAUCAGAUGUACUCUGGUACUCUGAACUGCUAUCUUGAAAAGUAAAGGGCACAUUGGCUUUGAAUGGCUUAACUAGUCCGGUGAAUUUCUUUUCCCUUAAAAGCUUAUAGGAGAUAGGAGUAACUUUAGCUGUUUUCCAUGCAUAUUUGUGCAAAACACCUCACUUAUUCCAAUGGAGAACAAUGGAAGCACUCUGCCGUUAUCAAUGUUAACUCCAUUAAUGACAGAUUAUUGUGUAGCCUUAUAGCUUAAUUUAUGUGGUGAACUUAAAAUAAAUAAAGCAGACAAAGCUGG